UGAAUAAGUACAUAAUUUAUUCCCCCGCUGUGUUAUCAGUGCCACAGAAUAAUAAAAAAAAUAAAAAAUCAUAAUAAAAUCGAAAUGUUAAACAAACACGUUAGAAAUGAACAAUACAGCCUGAACUAAUCAAAAACAAGCUACACGUGCAAGCAUUAGCUACACAAUAUAAGCUAGGCUACCGGAAGACCAUUAAAGUUCACUACUGAGGAUAGCCAGAACACUUACAAACCACGCCAAUAACUCACAGGAACUACACUUAAUUUUAAUUUCCUCUCAUCCAUAUUUGAAGAACAUUGUGAGUAGCGGAGCAGUUUAGUGCUCCCCUGUCCUCUGCCUCCUCGCAUUAAAAGCUGCUCACUCUGAGGCUUGGGAAUAAUGUCGCUGUCACUGUGCUGGGGGGCUGGAGGGCGCUUUAACCCGGGCACGACGUGGGGAAGUUGCUCACGGUUUUUCUGCGUUGCCAUGGGAUUUUGUAAAACCUAUUGACUGCGAUAGGGUCCCUUCUUUUAUUUGAGUCUGUCUUUGUCGAGGAGGAGGAGGAGGAGGAGGAGGAAGAACCCGCUAUUACUUUUUUUUUUUCUUCCAGAGGCGGGAGGGAGCGGUAGUAGCAUCCCAGGGAGGAGGGAGGGACUCCGGUUCAAACCAACUGCGAGGCAAAGCGGCGUUACGUUAACAGUUAAACCUCCCUCUGCCGUCUUCAUCCAGCUGUGGAGAAAAAUUCAACUUUCUGAACGGCUGCCACGGCAUGAGUUGCACCUGAAGGUACCGCUUCUUCAGCGUGCCAGAGAAAUGAACUGAGGACGCAGAAAAGAGAGCACUCGUUUCCUGUGGACGUCUGAGAUGCACCGUGAAAUCAUGAGGUUGCAGAGGAGCCCGGGUUUGGUCGCCAUUAUGGGCGUGGUCACCUGUAUCUGUGCCUUUCAUACAACUGCAGCCAUCGACAUCCCACUGGAGGUUGAGCAGCUGCCCACCAUCACAGCUCAGUCGCCCAGCUCUCUCAUUGCCUUCCCUUUUGACGAGAGCUUCCCCAUGACGUGCGAAGCCAAAGGGAAUCCCGAGCCAGAAUUCAGAUGGACGAAGAAUGGACAGGAAUUCGACCCUUUUCUCGACCCCCGGCUGAUGAAAGAGGAGAAUUCUGGGACCUUUGUGAUACCCAAUAAUGGGAACCUUACAGAGUAUCAGGGAACCUAUCGCUGUUACGCCUCAAACAAACUGGGGGCUGCCAUAUCGAAGGAGAUUGAGUUCAUUGUGCCCAAUGUUCCAAAGUUCCCUAAAGAGACUCUUGAUCCUGUUGUUGUGGAGGAAGGACAGCCUUUUACUUUAAAAUGUAACCCACCUAAAGGAAUCCCUCCCCUGCAGAUCUACUGGAUGACUAUCAAUCUUCAGCACAUUGAGCAGGAUGAGAGGGUUUCUACGGGCUUGAACGGAGACCUUUACUUCUCUCAUGCUGUGGAGAAGGACAGCAGGAGGGACUACUGCUGCUUCGCUGCCUUCCCAAGGAUACGAACAAUUGUUCAGAAGACCGCCAUGUCUGUCGUUGUCAAGACAAAAAAAAACGACAUGAGUCCUGAAACUGCUAAUGCGAUCCUUGAGAGAAGACCCUCUCUUCUGACGCCCUCUGGUGACAAAUCAGAGACACAGUUGGUCAAAGGAGAGGACUUGAAAUUGGAGUGUAUAGCUGAGGGAUUUCCAACUCCGCAAGUUGAGUGGGUGAAGGUGGGCCAUCGACUUCCCACUAAAACGAAACUGGAGAAUCAUGGGAAAUUGCUGAUUGUCCCGAGAGCUGAACGGGAGGACAGUGGGAAGUACAUGUGCAAGGCAAAGAACGCACAUGGAGAAACUAUCCAUUAUUUCACAGUGACAGUAGAAGAGCCUCCCGAGUGGGUGUCUGAGCCUGAGAGUCAGCUCAGCAUGAUUGGCUCAGACGUGUCCAUCAAGUGCUCUGUCAGCGGGACUCCUCAGCCAAUUAUAACAUGGAGGGUCAAUGGCGUACCUCUGCAGGAGGCCCCUGCAGCUAACAGGAAGAUGUUUGAUGACACCAUAGUUUUACACAACGCCAAAACAUCUGACAGCGCAGUCUAUCAGUGUGAGGCCUCCAACAGACACGGAACGCUUCUUUCCAACGCAAACAUCAUGAUCAUGAAUCUGCCCCCUAUUAUUUUGACUACGGAUGGGGAGGAUUACGCUGCUGUUGAAGGGAAUGGAGUGAUGAUGCACUGCAAGGUCUUCAGUUCUCCACCUUCUACUAUCACUUGGAGCAAAGACGACUCCUCUGAAUCCGUGGAGGGGCCGAGGUUUGCCGUUCAUGACAACGGGUCGCUGGAGAUCUACAGUGUGGAGAAAGACGACAUGGGGCAGUACACAUGUUUAGCUAAGAACACAGAGGGAUCGUCUGCCAUCAAUGCCAUGAUCUAUGUGAAAGAUCCCACUAGAAUAGUAGUGCCCCCGGAGGACCUGCGAGCCUUAAUAGGUACCACAGCCCAGCUCUCAUGUCUCACUGAGUACGACAAGUCCUUCCGCGACGACUUUGAGCUCCUGUGGGAAAAAGAUGAUAUGGAGAUAGGCCUCAACUACACUGAGAAUUCAAGAUACUUUGUGGAGGAUGGUGUUCUUCAGAUUAUCAACAUAAGCCACAGAGACCAGGGUGUGUACACAUGUGUGGCAAUAACUCCUGUGGAUCGAGACACGGCAUCAGCGCUGCUCAUAGUGUUAGACGUCCCUGAUGCACCUGAGUACUUGGUACUGUCUGAACACAAGAGCAAAAGUGUGAAACUGAAAUGGAUCCCUGGGGACGAUCACAACAGCUCAACCACAGAGUUUAUUAUUGAGUAUGAGGAAAGCCAGCGGGAGCCAGGUAACUGGAAGGAGCUGCUCCGAGUUCCGGGGAACCACAACUCGGCUGUGCUCAAACUCCACGGCCACGUCGACUAUCGUUUCCGCGUGUCCGGUGUUAACGCUGUAGGGAAGGGUCCUUCCAGCGAGCCCACAGAGAGAUACAAAACCCCCCCAGCAGCUCCUGACAAGAACCCUGAAAAUAUCAAAAUCGAAGGUCAUUUGCCACAUGAAAUGGAUAUCAACUGGGAGCCAUUGUUACCCAUUGAGCACAAUGGGCCUGGUCUGGAGUAUAAGGUGAGUUACAGGAGACAGGACAAGGAGGAGGACUGGAAGGAACACAUGGUGAAGAGGCACUCGUUUGUGGUGAAGAACACUCCCACCUUUGUGCCCUAUGAGAUCAAGAUCCAAGCCAGGAACCAUCAGGGCUGGGGCCCCGAGCCCAAGAUAGUGACUGGCUACUCAGGAGAGGACUUUCCCUCUGCUGCACCUGAUGAUGUAGCUGUGGAGGUGAUAAACAGCUCAGUGGUCAAGGUUAGCUGGACGCGUGUACACAAGGACAAGUUACAUGGACAUCUGGGAGGCUACAGGAUAAGCUGGUGGCGUCUGCGUAGUCUGGUGCACUCAAAGAAAGCCCACGGAGACAAAGAAAUGCUAACGAUCCCGGGGGACCGGAACCACGCCCUGGUACCGGGACUAACGCCCUUCUCUGAGUACAGCCUCAUCGUCAUGACCUUCAAUGGUCGGGGCAAUGGCCCGGGUAGCCAUCCCGUCAACUUCAAAACCCCAGAGGGAGUUCCAGAGAAAAAUCCUGUUUUCAGGGUCACAGAUGUACAGAAGCACACUGUCUCUCUGGUCUGGGCCCCACCACUGGAGCCUAAUGGGAUUCUCACCGGGUACCUCCUCGAGUAUCAGCUCAUCAACGACACAGGGGAAGUGGAGCCGCUGCAGACAGUAGACAUCAGCAAACCCGACACGACCAAGUGGAUCCUGCGCGACUUGGAGCCUCUCAGCAAGUACAAGUUCUACCUUCGCUCCUGCACCACAGUGGGCUGCGGGCCUGUUGUCAGCGAGGAGUGUACCACUACCCUAGAAACAAGCAAGUCAGCCUCCCCCUCACCUCCAAGCACUCCAAAGUCCCCAGUGACCAAACCCACUCGUUCCACCAUAGGUCUGGCCAGCAUCCAUGGAGGAAUAUCCACCCAGGGCUGGUUUAUCGGCCUGAUGUGUGCCAUUGCUCUCCUCACACUCAUUGUGUUGAUUGCCUGCUUUGUCAACAGAAAUAAAGGAGGGAAGUAUUCAGUGAAAGAAAAAGAAGACCUUCACCCAGACGUGGAGUCCCAGGGCAUGAAUGAUGACACAUUUUGUGAAUACAGUGACAAUGACGAGAAGCCACUGAAGGGCAGCCAGCACUCGCUGAGCAGAGAGAUCAAAGCAGGGGACAGCGGGGACAGCUUGGUGGACUAUGGCGAUGAGGACGUUCAGUUCAACGAGGAUGGCUCCUUUAUCGGCGAGUAUGCCGGGCGAAAGGAAAAGAGAGUGUCCGCCGAGAUCAAAGCUACCGUUCAGACCCCGGCAUGAGGAGUGGAAUUGGCGUCCGUCGUCCCUGGGACACCGUUUUCAUUAAACCUGCUGGGAGGAACAAAUGGAAGAGGAAACAGACAUUAUCCAUACAGAGCACAAGUUUUGUGUCAAAUGUAAUGCGUCAUUGCCAACUGCACACUGCCACACUCAUUUUAUAAAGCUCAGUUUUAUCAAGUUGCAACAGAAUGACCAUUACUAAAUACUAUGUAUAUAUAGUGUAUAUUGUAUGUGUGGGUUGUUUUUUUUUUUUUUUUUAUAAUUGUUGUUACACAAAAAAAAAAUAAAAAAUUAGAGGGCUUGAAUUUUUUUUCAGCUGCAGAAGUGUUUGUACAAAUGUUCCACUCUCCACUGCGCACCAUUAAAUGCAGCUUUUGCUUCCGUUGUCAUCUUGUAGCAGACCACAGAUAAGUGGGGAUAUCAAGUUGAUAUUUUACAAUUGGAGAAAAUAUUACUGACCUUUUUAUAUUUGAAAUGGAUCAUUAAAUAUGAUAUAAGAUGUG